UUCCUGAUACGCACAACAGAAGGCAAGUCACAUUGCAGUGUGAGGACCAAAGGGCCUGAGUGGAUACAAGCAAGGGAAGAACAGAGAGAAAAAAAUGAAAUUAAAGAGGAUUUGCUCCGUAAUAAUCUUGGCCCUAGAGUUCCACCUCACUGAUGCUGACGCAAUGACCCUGACUGACCCCAAACUCUGCUAUAUUUUGGAUGGAAUUCUUUUUAUCUAUGGGAUUAUAAUCACUGCACUGUACCUUAAAUUGAGGUUUACCAAGGUAAAGAACAAGCCUGGAGAUGCUGCUGGAAGCACACCGAACAUAGAAGACCAAUAUCAAACCCUGCGGAAUCAGGAUAAGGAUCAAUAUUCAAGUCUUGCCUUUUCCGGCCAAGAUGCAGAGGCUGGAGCUGGAAAGCGGAACCGAAGGAGGAGAGAUGAUUCUGCAAAUGUGAAUGAUACUUAUACUAAACUGAAUCCCAAGAACAAGAGUGAAGCAUACGGUGAACUGAAACCAACUCAGCAGGCACGAAGAGGCAAAGGAGGGAACGACAUUUACCAGGGACUGAGUAGUGCUACACAAGAUACUUAUGACAGUCUGAAAAUGGGUCCAUUACCUCCACCUCCCCGUCACUGAGAACGAUUUGGAAAUAUCAAGAUGACCAACAAUGGAAAACUUUUUAUCAACUGAAUUUUACCAGGACAAAAGUUAAUGCUACUCAAGAAACGUCCAUACCAGUGUUAUGUAUUUGCAUGAACUAGGAAAUCAAUGUAUUAAGUUGUAGACGAAGCAUUCUUUAACAUCUGUCGCAGCAUUCUGUAACUCCUGUAAGCAUUCCUUGUCCCGCUGUAUCAUAUUGCUGAUUUUAAGAUGAUAUAAAGAUGAGGCAGAGGCUAUCUUGAAUGUUUAAAACUAUUUCAAUAUUUCUUCAGCAUUUUUGUAUAAAGUCGUUGUAUAAUGCAAUGCUACUUCAGGCAUGAAAAUGGUGUAACUUUUAAAAUAAUAGUAACAAAAUAUAUGCAACCUGUAAAUAUACUUACAUACUUUGAAACAGCCUCUGACAGAGCAACCUGGAAAAAGGAGCAGCAUGAAAAAACAGGAUUGAUUACAAUCAAACCAACAUGGCCAUUCAUGAAAGCAAAGUGAGAUGCAGUGUGAGCAGUUAGUUUUGGAUGGUGAAUUAAGGUAAUCACAGAGGCAAGGAACAUAUUAAAAUGUUGCAGAAAAGAUCUUUUAUAGUUGUACAAAAUAUAACUAACAAAUAGUCUACCUUAGCUGUACAUAAUUUAUUGCUAUGCAAACAGUGAUUAUUCAGCCUGAAGAUUGGUUUUGAGAAAACCUUUGUGCAAAAAGUGAGACUUUAGUACUGCAUGAUGCUACUAUCUAACUCCUAUCCCUCCUAUGUGUAUAUCCUUUUAUUAUUCCACUAAGAAAUAAAUUACGUGGAGCGAACAUGAUCAAUUCUGGAAAGCUCUACGCAUCAUAACAGAAGUGAAUAUAAGGAAGCAGAUAAUCUAGAAUCAUUACAUGGUCCUGAGCAGAAAGGCGGCUGAAGGCAUUACAGAAAGCUUUUAAAUGUGGAAGUAUUUAUUUGGGAAUCGAAGGCCAGUGGCAUUAAAAGAAGCAAAUUUCUAGGAUUAAAAUCCUCAGCGAUAAUUUUAAAUUUACACCGCUGCAUAACAGUUACAUGUUAAGCUUUAAAAUUGACUUGCAAAAUAGUAAAAUUCUACCCUUUCUCACUUUCCAAUUUACUUAUGAUGUGAAAUUGACAAAUAGCGGUUUUAAAAUGAAGCUUAUUUUAAUCCAACCCAGCCAGUGCUUUAAAUAUGCACAUAUUCUUAGCGUUGUUUCUAUAUUUUAUGCCAUUGAUAGAACUGUAGCUGUAUCUUUCUUUAUAUUUGCCGUCUCCUAUGCAUUCAAUAGGUCCCCUGCAUAAAGCGAGCAAAUGUAAUGGUUUUUUGGCUCAUCUGAAACAGUCAUUCAUUUUAGUGGUGUUAUACUAUGGAUAAACAAUGUUCUAAUUAAUCCAGCUCACGUUUUUUUUCCUUGUUGGAAUUUUUUCAUUCUGUUCAUCAGAUACUAAUACACCAGUAAGUCAGUAAUAUGAGGAGUUAAUUAACUAUAAACUACAUUAGUACCACUGUGUCUUCAAGAAUUAUGCAAUUGCCAUUAGCAGACAUUCUGAACUUAUAAGGUCUUAGCUACUCGGGGAAACUCCUUUGUUUUCUAAUUGUAAUGAUUACAGUGAACAGUCUUAUCACUGCUUAUACUGUAAAUCUUUUACUUGGUGCCUAUUUUUUUCACAUAACCAGCUUGAAUCUUGCUUUACAGCCCUAUUUGAGGUGAAGAUUCAAAAGCUGAAAAUCUGUUAAGAAACAUCACAAAUUUUACAAUUGUGGCCAACUGACAAGAUACAUUCAUGUUUCUUGAUGCUUUUCUUUGCAUUACAUCCUUUUAUUCCACUUCUAUUUUUUAUGUUUUACAUUCUGUCAUGUCUGUCGAAGGUUUACCAAAAAAACUGUACAUACAACCCAACUUGGUGGAGAACAAUGAUUUACUAUGCUGUGUAAUAGCAAUUUUGCUUUUUUUUAAAAGUUGCAUUAGAAUAUUAAUACCAUCCACGGCUAUUAAUUGUAACGCCUGUGAUUAAAAUAUUUCAGUACCAUACAGCACUGACUAAAUCUUGUGAAAGAUGGUACUCUUCUCCCUUUUAUGUUCUUCCAAUUGCACAUCUAAGCAAAUCACUAGUCUGGGCAGCAUUAGGUCCUGACCUGUUUGGAUUAGCCACAUUGUUCCUCGAUCCUCGGGAAUCUUUUCCAUUGAUCCUCAGCACGCAGAAUUAGUAGUGUGGUGGCAUAGUUCAGUUUUUCAGUGUAUAUACUGCACAUUAAAAGGCACAAAACAAGUGAUAACAUAUUGGCUUCCAAGGGAAGUGGAUAUCCACAGGGAUCUACGGAAUGGAUACUGUAUUACCCAGGAAAGAGUGUGGAGUAAGUAUGCAAUAGUUUUGUAAUGACAAGCCAAUGUAGUAGAGGAAAACAGAAUGGAAUAAGCAUCAAGAGAUCAGCAAACUGAAUAGUACUAUAAACAGGGGAGUUCUGUGGUUUAUUUUAAGGAGGAAUUUGUGGAUCAAUGUUGAACAGCUUAUUGAUUAAACAUUGCUGUAAAAAAUACACUUCAAUCUGUACCCAUAAGCAUUCUUGCUUGUCUAAUAAAGUGGUUUAGUAUUGUUUGAAACAUCAUUGCUAAGAAUUUUUCCAUGCCUUUGACAAUGUUUUCCAUUAAUUAAAUUGAUUUUGUAUUGAA